AUGGAAAGGAAUCUUAAGAACGUUUUGGUCAUUUCUUUUGGAUUUUUACUUCUCUUCACUGCUUAUGGAGGGCUCCAGAGUCUGCAGAGCAGUCUCAACUCAGAGGAAGGCCUGGGUGUUGCUUCCCUAAGUGUUCUCUAUGCUGCUCUUAUCAUCUCGUCCAUGUUUCUCCCUCCAGUCCUCAUCAAGAAGCUGGGUUGCAAGUGGACCAUCGCAGGCUCUAUGUGCUGCUACAUUGCCUUCUCCUUGGGGAACUUCUAUGCUAGCUGGUACACACUAAUCCCUACCUCUGUGAUCCUGGGCUUAGGAGGAGCACCACUCUGGUCUGCCAAAUGCACUUACCUCACCAUUGCUGGCAAUUCAUAUGCUGAGAAAGCAGGAAAAAAUGGGAAAGACAUUAUCAACCAAUACUUUGGGGUCUUCUUUCUGAUAUUUCAGUCCUCUGGAAUCUGGGGAAAUCUUAUCUCAUCCCUGAUAUUUAGCCAGUCUUCCAACAAAGUGGAAAUCUCAGAAGAAAGCCUAGCGUGCUGCGGAGCACAUGAUUGCAUGAGCGAGACCACUAACACCACUGCGUCAGCAGGACCCUCCGAGUCCUUAAAAUACACUCUGCUAGGGAUCUACACCGCUAGUGGUGUGCUAGCUGUGUUGCUGAUUGUUAUAUUUCUGGACCAGAUCAAAUCUGACCAAGCAGAGACUGAGAAAGAAAUACAAAAGACACCAUCCCUUUGGUCUACGUUCCUAGCAACUUUCCAGCACCUUAAAGAUAAAAGACAAUGCCUUCUAAUCCCUCUGACAAUGUACAGUGGGUUUGAACAGGGAUUUCUUGCUGGUGACUACACAAAGACAUAUGUGACCUGUGCCCUGGGGAUACACUAUGUUGGUUACGUGAUGAUCUGCUUUUCAGCUGUGAAUUCCCUCUGCUCUCUGCUCUUUGGAAAGAUCUCUCAGUUCACGGGUAGAAAACUCCUUUUUGCAUUAGCCACAGUUACAAACAUUGCCUGCAUAAUAGCACUACUGCUGUGGAAACCUCAUCCUAACCAGCUUGUUGUGUUCUUCAUAUUCCCUGCUCUUUGGGGCAUAUCUGAUGCCAUUUGGCAGACACAAACUAAUGGACUCUAUGGUGUUUUAUUUGAGAAACACAAGGAGGCUGCCUUUGCAAAUUACCGUCUCUGGGAAUCAUGUGGAUUUGUUAUUGCCUUUGGUUACAGCACCACAUUGCAAGUCUACAUCAAACUAUACAUUUUACUGGCUGUGCUUGUGUUGUCUAUGGUCACAUAUGGAGUGGUUGAAUACAUGGAAGUUAAGAGCUCCCCUGGGACACCUGCUGCUACAAAAAAGGAAAAUGUAGGACCUCACACCCAGGAAACAACUAUGUAA